GUCACUUUAUCAUCUCUGCUGCUGAUUCUUCCACAGCCAAACCCGUAGAAAUUAAGAAAUAAUAGUCUUUUGAUUUCAAAUAUGUACGAUUUAGGUUAUUCAGCAUAUUAGAUGACACCUGAAAAUUACCUAGUGAAAAGAGUUUUCUAUGCUUUAGUGUUUUUGGAAGUGUGUGCCUUGCCAGCUUCUCAGAUGAUUUUAACAGGCCUCAGGCACACACAGUCAUCAAUUAGCACUUUUCACCUGAUGGGCCUCUUUGAGCAUCGGGGUUGGGGUAAUCAGGAGAGCCUCAGGUUUUAGCUGGUUGACACUGUGGAAACCACCCCGUGGGGGAUCUAACUAAGUAGCAAAAUGAAGGCAGCUGAGCAUGGGAUGCCAUUAUAAAAUCACUUAAGCUGUAACCGCUUCCUGUGUCCCAAGGAGUCCUGGGCUGGGGGUGUGCUCACAUGGAGGUCUCUAUGGCUUCAGAAAUCUUGAUUCUCCUUGCUGCCUUGAUUUGGCCUUGCGCUGAGAACAUCAACGUGAAAAUAAGUUGUUCUAUGGACUGGCUGAUGGUCUCUGUAAGCCCAUGUGCAAACAGCAGCAAUUUGUAUAUAUUUGCUGAUGAAUUAUAUCUGGGAUCGGGCUGCCCUGUGACUCGGAUACAAACAUAUGCCUAUGACUUUAUAUACCCUGUGCAUGACUGUGGGAUCAGGACAAAGGUUGUUUCAGAGGAUACUCUCCUUUUUCAAACAGAGGUGUACUUUAACCCUAGGAAUAUACAUUGUGACCAUCAGAAAAUCCCUGUGGAAUGUUCUGCCUCUAGGAAAUCAGUGUGGCUUACACCAGUUUCUACAGAUAAUGAAAUAAAAUUGGAUCCCAGUCCCUUUAUUCCUGAUUUUGAGACAACAGCAGAAGAGUUAGGAUUAUUAAAUUCUAGUCAAACUGACUCCAUAUUUACAGAGAAAUUGAAACUUGGAAAUUGGGCUCAUGAAUUUUGUUGGAAAAACAAUGGUUUUAUACAAAAAUAAUUGCUAUAAACCUUUCUUUAGGUAUCUGAUCCCUAAAACCCCUAAUUCAGUGAAGGUCCUGAUUCAGUGAAGGUGAAUUUUUAGAUACUUUUAUUUAUUAGGGAUAUGUCUUAUUAAUUUAAUGUUGACUAUCAGAUAAUCCUAUUACCCAUUAAAUUUUAUUUUUAGUUCUACAGAGUAGAUUCAGAAAUAGGUCUUCAAUGACAACAGGAUUUAAUUGAUACAAACCUCCAAUAAAUAUUUUCUAAAUACAGUUUUUUGAAGAAUAGAAAAAUAGAGAUAGGUAUGUAAAUGUGCUAGAGACUAAAAUUUAACAUACUAACUCCCAGGAAAGCCAAAGUCCUUUUAUAAUGAAGAUAGUUUAACUUGUGUGGGUUUUCCUAAUUAAUUAGUAAAGUUGAGUCUUAAAAGUAAUUGAAUAUACUUCAUAUUUGAUUAUUAAAGAAGGAAAUUAGGGGCUUCCCUGGUGGCGCAGUGGUUGAGAGUCCGCCUGCUGAUGCAGGGGACGCGGGUUCGUGCCCCGGUCCGGGAGGAUCCCACGUGCCGCGGAGCGGCUGGGCCCGUGAGCCAUGGCCGCUGAGCCUGCGCGUCCGGAGCCUGUGCUCCGCAACGGGAGAGGCCGCAGCAGUGAGACGCCCGCGUACGGAAAAAAAAAAGGAAAUCAGAUUUAUAGUCUAGAACCUAAGUAACCACUUCCUUAACUGGAAUUAGAGGUCAGGGUUUCCUUUAUCUCUGAUGUGAUUCUUUCACACUUGAAAUAAUUAACUGAAGAGGUCGACAUGGAAUCAUCCUGUCACUUUAGAGCAAUCUACUGGAUGGUCACUUAUCACCAGCUAUUAUGCUAUCCUCUUUUCCCUAAAGGGGGGAGUCUACCCAUGUAAUACACCAAAGAGCACCCUGAUUUGGGGGAAAGUUCUUACAACAAUUAUGAAAAUUGAAGUGUGCCAUUUGUUAUUCAAUAAAAACUUUUAAUUUUUUUUAUUUUUUAAUUUUUAUUUACUUUUUAUUGGAGUAGAGUUGAUUUACAAUGUUUUGUUACUUUCUGCUGUACAGCAAAGUGAAUCAGUUAUACAUAUACAUAUAUCCACUCUUUUUUAGAUUCUUUUCCCAUAUAGGUCAUUACAGAGUAUUGAGUAAAGUUCCCUGUGUGUCACUUGCUUAUCGAAUGUACAUUUUGGAUGCUAUGUCCUUUUGGAAAUAAAUUUUGCCAACAUAUUUUUUUUUUAGUUUUUUUAAAAUUUAAAGUGCUGCUAUCUUAUUGCCAAUAAAAUGCUUCUUAAAGUUGUCUACAUGAAUUUAAAUUGUCAUAAUGGGCAUCUGUCUUUGGUAUAUAUGUAUAUACAACGAAGAGGUAAUCGUUUUGUAAGGCUUAAUGUGUGUCAGGCAAUGUUUCAAGCAUGUUGCAACAAUUUACUUAAUCCUAAUAACCCAAAGACUUAUGUAUUACUAUUCCAAUUUCACAGAUAAGAAAACAAACAUAGAUUAAAUAAUUUGCCUGCAACACACAACUGGCCUCUAUUGGUGAUCUGUUCCUAAUCUUAGAGAGAAAGCUUUCAGCUUUUCAACCGUUGUCUAUGAUGUUCACUGUGGGCUUGUCGCUUGUGUGAAGGUGCAUUCCUUCUAUACCUAAUUGUUGAGUUUUUAUCUUGAAAGAUUGUUGAAUUUUGUCAGAUCUAACCACUUCUGUCCAAUAUAAUACUGAGAGUCCUAGCCGGAGUAAUUAGGCAAGAAAAACAAAAGGCAUCCAUCAGAAAGGAAGAAGUAAAAUUGUCUCUGUUUGCAGAUGACAUGAUGUAACAUAUGUAAAACCCUAAAGAUUCCAUCAAAGAACUGUUAGAACUAAUAACAAAUUCAGUAGAGUUGCAGAAUACAAAA